AGGCGCAGCAACGAAGGAUUGACGGUGUGAGAGGCCCCGGCAAUUUUGCCUGUUUGGGGAGGUUAUAGAACACCGACGACCAGUCUAGAAGACCUGAUUUGGAAGAUCCGAUGAUUGCUUGGUCUGAGUAUUGAUCUAUCCGAGAAGGCGUAGUCUAGGCUGUUCCGUCUCACGCGCGGUUUUGAGAAUGACGCCAUGAACGGGAACUAUCACGGGAGCCAGUUGGUUAGACUGGCAGCUAGGUACCACUUGACAUGGAAGGAUCUUUGUGGUCUCAGGUCUAACCUUCUCGGACUCGAGACCUGAAGGUUCCGAAACUAGUCCGAAGAAGUAAUGCCAGGUCUUUCAGUAUGGUUCAUACAUGUACGAAAGACAAGUGGAAUCAACAUUACCUACACCACUGCAACCAAGCCAGAUCGUCAACAUGUUAUCGACAGAUGGAAAAUGGAAGCUCACACCCCGACUUCACUCCGUCAAGUUCGUCUUCGAUGAUCCCAUCCCGGCAGACGCAAAGACGCCAGAAGAAAUCGUCUUUGAAAGUCCAUUUCCUGCUGAUAUCUCGGGCGUGCCUCAGCGGUUUGUUUUCAAGGCGGCCACGGCUUAUGCUGUCGGCCAGGAUACUACCGGCCUAAAGACAUCAACGACCCAUGGCGGAGAUGGUCUUGAUGCCAGUGAGUCAAACGCGACACAGGCAUCUGAUAAGCCGGAAACGACGAGAGGUUCGAUCAUAUGCAACGACAGUCGAACGAAGAUCGCGUCUAGGGCACCACGUAGAGAGUCCUUCUCCCAUGUUCGUGGUCCUACUUGCGACUCACCGGAUGACGUGGAGUCAAUCGUGUGCGCAGCCUGGGCCUUGAUACUAUCCUCACUCAACGACAGCGAAGUAGUCAACUUCGGAGCUUACGUCACGAGCAGUGGCAGUCCCGAUCCUGUGCGUAGCGUGACAUCGGUCACAGCGUCUAUUGACCCCCAAUCAUCGGUUGCGGCAUUUCUGCAGCAAGUCAAAGACAAAUCGCUCGUGCCUGAGACCUCCAGCAAAAGGGUUGAGGCAAGGCACGAGGGAGGGGGAGUAUCAUUUGUCAAGACGCUUGUCAACUUUUCCACGACUUUUGAACACCUGCAGCAGCUAGCCGACGUCUCCAAUUUCGCUCUUCAACUUCACUGUGUCAUCGAAGAACAUGAUCUGCAUUUAUAUGCGACGUUCGAUGAGCGUUCUAUGUCUGGGCCAAGAGUUCGCCUUCUGCUGAGCGAUUUGGAGCACGUCAUCUGGCAGCUGGCGAACUCAACGGGAGAGCAGACCGUUCUUGAGGACGUACGGAUCAUGAGUCCCACUAGCCAGCGGCAUCUCGUUAAGCUAAACAGACCACAUACAAUAAGGGAGGAAAAGCUCGUCCAAGAGUCGAUAGCACAAUAUGCCAGAACAAACCCUCACGCUGAAGCUAUCUGUGCUUGGGAUGGUAACUUGUCGUACUCCGAGUUGCAGCGCCUUUCCGAGAUUCUAGCGACAUAUCUUGCAGGUCUUGGAGUCGGACCUGAGGUGGUGGUACCGAUCAUCUUCGAAAAGUCCGUGUACAGCAUCAUCUCUAUCCUAGGUGUGGCGAUGGCUGGAGGUGCGGUUGUGGUUCUGGAUCCCUCGCUUCCCGCAGCCCGAAUCAGCAUGAUCGUCAAAGAUGUUGAUGCCAAUGUCGUCCUAUCGUCUGUAUUGGGCAAAAGCAAGAUUCCAUCCCAAGUACAACACGAGAAGCGGGUUGUAGUAAAUCAGUCUCUUUUCGACCAUCUCUCAACCCAAAGGCAAUCCCCAUCCAAGCAAAUCUCACCGUCUCCUACCAACGCGUUAUACGUUGUGUACACUAGUGGUUCUACCGGAAAGCCGAAAGGUGUGGUGGUCACUCACGAGGCAUUUUGUUCCAGCGCGAAGGGAUAUUCCAAAGCAAUCUGUCUCGAUUCUACCUGCCGGGUCUUGCAGUACUCCUCCUUCUCCUUCGAUAUUUCCAUGCUCGAGGUCUUUACUACCUUGAUGGCGGGGUCAUGUCUUUGCAUCCCCUCAGAAGAAGACAGGAUGAACAACCUUGCUAGCUGCAUUUCUAGAAUGAAGGUCAAUUGGGCAAUGCUGACACCAACUGUUGCAAGUCUCAUGACCCCAGACGAAGUCCCCAGCCUCGAGGUCUUGUGCCUCGUGGGAGAAGCAUUGCCGCAGGCUGUCGCCGACGCAUGGGCUGAUCACGUCAAAACCAUCAAUGCCUACGGCCCUGCGGAGUGCUCAGCAAUCACCAUUGUCAGUGAGCCAAGGUCUAGGGGGGUGAAGAGCAUUUCUCUUGGAAGACCUGCCAACUGCGCCGUUUGGAUUGUCCGAGAAGAUGGUCAGCUUGCGUCACUCGGUACUGUUGGAGAGAUUGUGAUAGAGGGCCCGCCCGUUGCGCGUGGGUACCUUGGUGACCAGGAGAAGACGAAUGCCGUCUUCUUGGAUGAUCCCAAUUUUCUUCGCGGUGUAGUACGACGGCCCAUGCGAUGCUAUCGUACCGGUGACCUGGGAAAGAUGAACCAUGAUGGGACUAUCGACUUCCUCGGUCGGAAAGAUACUCAGGUCAAGAUCAAUGGUCAGCGUGUCGAGCUCGGCGAGAUUGAGCAUCAACUCGGACAAAACCUGAAUUCCGAAGAGAAACAAUCAUCUCCUGAGACUAAGUGGGAGCUGGCUGUCGAGUUCCUGCGACCCAUCGGAGGAGAGCAAGGUAUUCUCACAGCAUUUGUCGCUCCCAAGAUAACCCCAGAAACCUCUUCUAGUGGAGAAGGGCAGCAUCUUAUCGAGAAAGUGCACCCUUUGUGGACAACGAUACAUCGGAAAUUCCAGACAGCUUCGACAGAGCUCGUUCUCUCUCUUCCUGGGUACAUGAUCCCACGGGCAGUCGUACCAUGCUACAUGCUGCCCCUAUCACCUUCAGGCAAGAUCGAUAGAAAAAUACUGCGCACACACGGAAACGCAAUGACGGCACAACAAUUGCUGAGAUCACCAAGCGAUGUGGAAGAUCAAACCGCGCCGACUAAGGUUUCUGGAGCACUUUCGGCCAAGUUCCCCGACAGCGAAGAGGAGUCCUCCGUUGGACAGCACACGCUGUUAUCGGACACAUACCCCUCAACAGAGGCGUCGAUGCCACUCUCCGAGACUUCACUGCCUAGCCUAAAACCGACUGAGAAAUCCCUACGCUUAGCUUGGUCAGAGGUUCUAGGGCUACCCGAAGACUCGAUCCUGCUCGAAGAUGACUUUUUCAAACUCGGUGGAGAUUCUAUAGGGGCUAUCAGGAUAGUGGCGGCUUGUCGCAAGCAGUCGCUCCAGAUUAACGUCGCGAACAUCUUCAAGAACUCUGUGCUGGGCAAGAUGGCACUCGUUUGUAAGAGCGCGGCAUCUGGGAACCAGAUGGUGUCUCCUGUUCACUUCGUUCCAUUCCAGUUCCUGCGGCAAGAGGAUAUCCCCGAGUUGCAGAAAGAAGCCGCCUUCCAGUGUGACGUCACUAUCGAUAAAAUCGAAGACUUGUACCCUUGCACGCACAUGCAAGAAGGUCUGAUGGCGGUUAACCUCACGCGACCAGGCAGUUACACGGGUCGGUGGAUCCAUCCGCUGCCUCGGGAUGUCGACCUCUCGCGGUUUAGACAGUGCUGGGAGAAUAUUCAUGCCGCAUCAUCAAUACUGCGGACCAGAUUCGCAACUACUUCGACUGCUGGAUCUCUGCAGGCUGUUAUCAGAGAGAAUGUACAGUGGCUUUUGCACUACAACCUCGAAGCGUACCUAGAGCAAGACGAUGCGAACCCAAUGUUUCCCGGAGACUCGCUCAAUCGUUUUGCUCUGGUCACAUCAGAGGCUGGCGAUGUAACAUUUGUGUGGACCAUUCACCACAUGCUGUACGACGGCUGGUCCCUAGCGAUGCUUUGCGACCGACUCAAUGAUUUAUACUACGGCCGUGCCAUCAAGCCAGCGACUGACUAUCGCAAUUUCAUUGCCUACGCAGAGAAAAUUACGCCAGAUACAUUCGCGAACUACUGGAAGACAGAGCUACAAGGAGUGAAUCCGUCAAGCUUCCCUGCGAUCCCCAAACCUGGCCAUCAGUCCUUUGCCCGAGCUGUGGUGCGCGAUGAGCUUGAUAUAAAUAUCGAUCCGUCUUCUGGCAUUACGAUGUCUACCAUCGUUCGAGCAGCUUGGAGUCUGAUGAUAGGCCACCUCUCAGAAUCAGACGAUGUCCUGUUCGGUGCAACAGUUUCGGGUAGAAAUGCACCCUUGGACAACAUUGAAAGCAUCGAGGGUCCGACGAUAGCCACAGUGCCUGUCAGAGUUCGUAUCGACAGAGGAUCAGAUAUCCUCGACUUUCUGCGAAAGGUCCAGGACCAUGCAACCGCCAUGAUACCCUACGAGCAGUCCGGAAUCCAGCGGAUAAAAUCACUGAAUCAAGAUACGAAGAGCGCUUGCGAAUUUCAGAACUUGCUUGUCAUCCAGGCAGGUGGCGGCUGGGAUGAGACUGGGCCCGGUCCACUGAAGAAGCCGAUCUAUCGCGAGGAAUUUACGACGUUUCCCGUGACGUGCGAGGCGUGGCUUCAUCCCGAUCGGAUCGAGUUUGCGACGCACGUCGAUGAAGACGUGACAAGUCGUCUCUUUGUCGCCCAAGCCAUUGAAACCGUCAAGGGUAUCAUGAGUCAACUCGCUUGGGCUACAUCUCACAGCUACAGUCCUUCCAAGGUUGCAGACUUGGCUCUUGACCCAAGUUCUGUAUAUAUCCAAGACCGAGCUUCACAACCUUUUGAGGCAAAGAAGCUCUCGGCUACGCUUCAUCAACUAAUCACGGAAAUGAGUCUGUCACAACCUCAGAGAGACGCAGUGAUAUCAACAGCCGACUCACUGUCAUACGAAACGCUGGAAAAAAUGUCCUCUGCACUCGCUGCCCAUCUUGUGGAUACCGGUGUCUUGGAGGGAGACAAGGUUCCACUGUGCUUCGAGAAAUCCGUGUGGACUGUUGUUGCGAUGCUUGGAGUCUUGAAAGCCGGCGCUUCCUUCGUGCCCCUAGACCCGGGUCAGCCCGUAUCACGUCUACGAAAAGUUGUUGCGCAAGUCAAAGCCAAGACAGCUCUUAUGUCUGCAUUCCAACACAAGGCAACCGAUCUCGGUGCUAUUGCGUCCAUGAUCAUCGACCGGGAUGCCCUUGACAGGAUCUCCAAGCUCCAGCAUCAACUCGGGCCACCAUCUCAACUCAGUCCCGAUAGUGCUGCCUACGUCAUCUUCACCUCUGGGUCGACAGGAGAUCCCAAGGGCAUUGUUGUCUCUCAUUCUGCGUUUGCUUCCAGUGCAAUGGCCCAUGGUCCCGUCUUUGGCAUGAAUAAUGAGCACCGUGUCUUACAAUUCUCCGCCUACAGUUUCGAUGCGAGUCUGUUUGAGAUCCUGACGACCCUCAUACAUGGCGGGACAGUCUGCGUCGCCACCGAGAAGGAGCGCUUCGAGAACCUCGGAGAGUUCGCAAGUCACGCGGGCGUCAACCUUGCCCUUCUCACUCCAUCUGUGGCCCGCAUCAUUCGUCCCGCGGAAAUGCCAUCGCUGAAAACUUUGGUUCUUGGCGGAGAAGCUCCUGACGAGAUCUUGAUCAAGAAAUGGCUUGAUGCUAGAGUCACGCUAUUCAAUGCGUAUGGGCCGAGUGAAUGCUCUGUCAUCGCUGCUUGCCAUCAGUGUACCUAUGAUGCAGACCCGAAAACCAUCGGAUUCUCAGUCGGUUGCUCUGGUUGGGUUGUUACCUCCGACGAUGACACGAUACUCGUCCCGGAUGGUGAGGUUGGCGAAUUGCUCGUAGGUGGUUCGACUCUAGCCGAUGGCUACCUAGAUGACUAUACGAAAACACAUGCCGCUUUCAUUUCGAGACAGUCUUGGGUAUCAAAGAAGAACCUGCAAGGCACGGGUCGGCUGUAUAAGACAGGAGAUCUUGUGAAGAGAACAACCGAUGGGACUCUGGUAUACGUGGGGCGGAAGGACCUUCAAGUCAAGUUGAAUGGCCAACGAAUCGAACUCGGUGAUAUUGAAUCGCACAUUUCUGUUUGCGAUAUUGUCAAGCGUGGUAUCGUCGUCUUCCCCUCGUCAGGGCCUUUCGCACGCCAACUCGUGGCGGUCCUGGAGCUCGAAGAAGACGUUGGCCAGAGACCGGCUGGUCUACAACAGAUCAUUUCUCGCUUCAAUGUCGUCGCAGAUAAGCUUCGUCAAGAGUUGACCGGCAAACUUCCAAGCAUCAUGCUUCCAGCACACUUUGUUGACAUCGCGACCCUCUCUACGGAAAGAUUCCCGCUUUCUUCCUCGGGCAAGAUCGACAGAAGACAGGUGACGGCAUGGCUUAAGAGGUUGUCUGUCAGGGAAUCCGAGAUUCUCGACCCUUCUGCGCCGAUGCCAAGUACAGUGGCAACAAUUCAAUCCCAUGAGCUCCCUGCCUACGAGUUGGCACAGAAGAUCACGGAUUUGGUAUCUCAAAGAACGCUUUCGUCAGCGCCACGCCUAGAUGGCUUCAACGAUGUCCUACUGCAUACUUCGGGUCUAGAUUCUCUCAACACGAUGUCACUCAUGCACUUCAUUCGCCUAAAGUACAACGUCAGAGUCAGCAUGCAGCUGCUCAUGGACGAGCACACGAGCAUCAGGAGUCUGGCAGCUUUCAUCACCCGUGCUGCUUCUAACAGACCAGUCACGUUGACCUCUUCCACUGUCAACUCGGAGAGUCAAAAACUCGACUUGAUGGCUGAAAUUGAUCGUCUGGAUGCGGGGCUCCAGAGACUCCCCGGCACGCUACCACGAGAUAUCCAGGGUAGUUUGACCAGGAAAACAGACAAUCUCAGGGUUUUCCUUACUGGCGCAAGCGGAUAUCUGGGCACUCAGAUACUUCGACAACUCCUAGAGCGGCGCGAUGUUGCCUGCGUCACCACUCUCGUACGCGGUGCAACGCCUCAAGCAGCAAAGUCUCGUGUGAUUGAGGCAGCACAAAAGGCUCUUUGGUGGACCAAAUUUCAUGACGAAAAGCUGGAGACCUGGAUGGGUGAUCUGGCGAAACCCAAGCUCGGCCUUGGCCAAGAACAAUGGGACCUCUUGGGCGAUGGCCACACUUACGACGUUAUAAUUCACAACGGCGCUGUCGUACAUUGGAACAAGAGCUAUGCAGCUCUAGAGGCUGUCAACAUCCAUUCGACAAUCCAGCUCCUCCGUAUCGCUGUCCAGAACCCGGUUUUGCGAUUUGUCUAUGUCUCUGGCGGUCGGCAGUGGAAGAAUGCCGAAGAGAGAGACGAGGAUGUCGCGCGCGAACUUUCAGACUCUAUGGGCUACAGCCAGACAAAGUUCGUUGCUGAGGUUCUUGCCAAAAGAGCUGCGGAGCGGUGUUCGAUCGACCAGAGGAAUAUUGGUGUCUUCAGGCCAGGGCUUAUCAUCGGGACGCCCGCUGAAGGGGUUGCAAAUUUGGACGACUAUAUCUGGAGGCUUACGGCUGCGAACAUCAAUAUGGGAAUCUACAAUGCAGACGAAGAACAGGCAUGGCUGCAUCUCUCAGAUGCUGCUACGACUUCAGUGGCUGCCAUUCGCGCCGCAUUCAACCCAGAGUCAUCGGCCAAUCCGGUGACACAGCAUGAAGAGGGAAUGACUUGGGGGGCGUUCUGGACUUUGGUCAAGGGGAUAGGUUACGACAUCCGUCCAGCAGACGCUGCUGCAUGGCUAUUGACAGUUAGGAACGAUAUCUCACGUCGGAAAGAGAAGCAUCCUCUAUGGCCUUUGGCCCACUUACUCGAGGACGGCAGCAUGGAGUGGGAGGGGACGGCAAAUGGCCACGAUAACUGUCCGCUACAUCUCAAAGUAGCCGUGAAGAAGAACAUGGAGGCUCUUGUGAGCGUGGGUUUCCUGCCGGCCGCGCGUCAGCGUCAAUCACAGCGAGCUGGUCGAGCUGCCGUAGGCAUAUUUUCUAGGACUUGAGUGUUCCAAAGGCCGGGAGUAAUGGGGUUGGUCUCCUUUCAAAUCUUAGGCAGUAUUAAGAUGCCUAGAAAUAUGCAAAUUGUCAG